AUGGGUAAAUACCACGGCACCUCUUCCACCGUUCUAAGGCCACGGACUACCAAGGAAGUGAGCGAAAUAGUCAAGUAUUGCAACGAGAAAAGAAUAGGAAUUGUCCCCCAAGGAGGAAACACUGGCUUGGUGGGCGGUAGCGUCCCUACGGGCCGAGGCGAGCUUGUCGUAAGCUUGGGUAGUAUGAAUAAGGUUCGACACUUCGAUCCUGUCUCCGGUAUGUGUACCUUGGUUGCGGACGCUGGAUGUGUCCUCCAGUCUCUCACAGACUAUCUAGCUCCCCAUAAUCACAUCAUGCCAGUCGAGUUCGGCGCGAAAGGCAGUUGUAUGAUCGGUGGGAAUUGUGCAACGAACGCCGGUGGUGUGAGGCUGCUACGCUAUGGUUCCUUGCAUGGCACAGUUUUAGGGUUGGAGGUGGUGUUACCCGAUGGGACUAUUCUCGAUCAGCUGACGACUCUGCGGAAGGAUAACACCGGCUACGAUCUGAAGCAACUCUUCAUUGGCUCGGAAGGCACGCUCGGUAUCAUCACCGGUGUUUCUAUCCUUACUCCUCCGGCUCCGCAAGCAUCGUCUAAUGCUCUUCUUGCUCUCCCGUCCUUCGACUCCGUUCUCCCUCUGUUCAAGCGGGCCAAGCGAGAACUAUCUGAGAUCCUGUCUGCGUUUGAGUUUAUUGAUCGGGGAGCCUACGACUUGUCCGUGAGACACGGUCAAGGGAGAGGAAUGAGUCCCGAAGAAGCCGGAGGUGCGGAGUGUUUUGUGCUGAUCGAGACAAGCGGUGGAAGGCGAGAACAUGACGAGGAGAAACUCAGCGACCUUCUAGAACACCUAUUGAGUGAAGACAAGCCUCUCAUCAACACAGGCGUUCUAUCCCAGGACGCCACCCAGUUUUCGAAUAUUUGGUCGCUCCGUGAAGGCAUUACCGAGGCUGUAUCGAAAGAGGGCAAGGCGUACAAGUACGAUAUCUCCAUUCCACUGUCGGCAUUUAAGGAAGUAGUGGAUGCCACCAAAGAUCGCUUGAGGGAGAAAGGUUUACUAGGGCCACACGCUGUUAAGGAGGUCGUCGGAUAUGGUCACAUCGGCGAUGGUAAUUUGCACUUGAACGUGGUCGCCGCAGCAUAUACGUCGGAAAUAGAGGCGGCGCUGGAGCCUUUUGUCUACGAGCUCGUUGGCAAAUACAAGGGUUCGAUAUCGGCAGAGCAUGGCUUGGGGGUGAUGAAAGCGCAUGCCCUACACUAUUCCAAGAACGGAAUCAGUAUAGAGUGGAUGAGGAGAAUCAAGGACCUCUUCGAUCCGAAUGGGAUCAUGAACCCAGGCAAAGUUCUGCCGCCGGCCUCAGGGGCAUCUCACGAGCCCUCGUUGAAGAAUACGGGAUCUGGACGUGUAGCAUAG